AUGCAGCCUGGGACCUCGCACUUGGAGCCUGGCCUCGUCCGGAGCCCCACCCCCACACGUUCACCCAGCUGGAAGCGGCCAAACCUUUAUCCCCGAAGUCCAGCCUCUCCCCGCCCCCAUCCCCAGCCCAAGCGCUUCUCCUCGACGCCCCAUCCCCUGCCUCCUGCCCCCACUUUCCCCUUUGGGCAUCACUUCGACCGAUGCACCCCCGCCCCCGGCCGAUGCACCCCCGCCACCUCCACUCGCCCUGUCCCGAUCCCCUCCAACCCGGGCGCCUCCCCAACAGCCCCCACCUCCUUUCCCGACCCUCCUGUAGCCCCGGGGUACUCCCGGCUUGGCCACUCCACGGCCGCCCGUCUGGACUCACCGUGUGGGGCCGGAGGUCGAGGCCCAGGAAGGGUGCCCGGGGGCGGGGGCCGCUGCUGCUCCAGCAGCUGUAAUGAGCCGCGGCGGCAGCCACCCCGCUGGCAGCUCGGGCCGAAUCAGCGCCCCGCGCCAGCCCCCAUUACGUCACCGCCCAGCGCCGGGCCGCCCGCAGCCUCCUGGGAGUUAAAUUCUGACCCCAAGUCAGAGUUUUUCAACUACACCUCGCUGCCUCCAGACAACUCUCCAGACAACUACUGGCUCUGCCCCUGUCGGGCCUCCUGGAAGCGGGUUUUUCGCGAUAUUGUAGCCCACCAAGCUCCUCUGUCCAAGGACUUCUCCAGAUUCUACUCCAGUCCAAGACUAUGCCAAUCUGUGGCCAUGUUCCCGCCAGCCAGUCACCUCCUGUCCCUGCUGCUGGUGAUAGACGCAGGGGGGACCGUGCCCAGCCCCCAGGGGGUUCCCCAGGGCUGCUAUGCGGCAGAGGAAGCUGGGGAGCGGACCUUCCGCUGCAGCCAGGCAGGUCUGAGCGCUGUGCCCACCAGCAUCCCCAACGACACCCGCAAGCUCUACCUGGAUGCCAACCGGCUGGUGUCGGUGCCAGCUGGUGCCUUCCGGCACCUGCCUGUCCUGGAGGAGUUGGAUCUGUCCCAUAACAUCCUUGCCCACCUCUCAGGGGCUGCUUUCCAGGGCCUGGCGGGCACACUGCGCCGCCUUGACCUCUCUGCCAACCAGCUGGCCUCGGUGCCCGUAGAGGCUUUCGUGGGGCUAAAGAUCCAAGUGAACCUGUCUGCCAACCCGUGGCGCUGCGACUGUGCCCUCCAGGAGGUGCUCCGGCGGGUGAGGCUGGCCCCGGGCACGGGGACGGGCAUCGUGUGUGGCCCGGGAGCCCGACCGGACCUGGUGGGGCAGGAGUUCCUGCCGCUGGUCGGGGAGGAAGAGUUGUGUGGGACAGGGCGGGGCGGGGCCCAGCGCAGCACCGACGUGGCCCUGCUGGUCACCAUGGGCGGCUGGCUGGUGCUGGUGGUGGCUUAUCUGGCCCACUACGUGUGGCAGAACCGGGACGAGACCCGACGUCCCCUCAAGCGGGCCCCCGUGCUGCCUGUGCGUUCUGAGGACUCCUCCACCCUCAGCACAAUGGUCUGACG